UAUCUCGCCCUCAGCUACGUGUGGGGUGAGGCGCAGCCCCAUUCGACGACGGAACGCAACGUGGACGCAUACACUUCGACUGGGAUCGAUCCCUCCCUGCUCCCCAAGACUAUUCGGGAUGCUAUCCGCGUCACUCACGCCCUCGGAUUUCAGUACCUCUGGGCCGACUGUCUAUGCAUCAUCCAGGACUCGGAUGAGGACAAGCGGCACGAGCUUGCGUGCAUGCAUUACAUCUACCGCUACGCGCACCUGACCAUUAUCGCCGCCAGCGCCCGCACAGUUAGCGAGGGCUUCCUGCAAGACCGCCCGGCCCCACCUCGCGACAUCGCCCUUCCGUUCAUCUGUCCCCCGCCCCUUUCCUCGUCCGGAGAGAGCAUAGCGGGCGAGGUGCACGUCUCCCAGACGUGGACCCGCCGCGCGGAUCACCCGCCGUACCACCGCCACUGGGACCCCAUCAGUGCGCGCGGCUGGUGCAUGCAGGAGUACUUUAUGUCCCCCCGCGCGCUCAUCUUCACGUCCGAAACGCUCCGCUUCAUGUGCCCCAGCGUUACGCAAAACGUGGGCACCACGCACUACAAGCCGUGCGGCGAGCGGCGGCUGCCUUCCAUGCUCUUCCUCCCGGACCCGCCGGCCCUUGAGCACGGCUCGGAGAAAUGGGCCAAGCUGUACCGCGGGUGGUGUCACAUUGCGGAGGACUACAGCCAGCGUACGAUCGGAAGGGCGUCAGACAAGCUCGUCGCGUGCGGCGCAAUCGCGGAGGCAUUCGCGCGCGUCCUCGACUCAGAUUACCUCGCAGGCCUCUGGCGCGCCACGCUCCUCCAGGACGUGCUGUGGCGACGGGCGAGCCUGGGCACAUACCUACACCGCCCUGUGGGAUACCGCGCGCCGUCGUGGUCGUGGGCUGCCGUGGACGGGCGGGUCAGGACGCUGUGGGGGUCUCCGCUGGAGUGGAUCGCCGUCGCAGAGGUCGUGCGGUGCGAGGUCGUGCUCGAACAUCCGAAGCUGCGGUUCGGGCAGGUGACGGGCGGGGUUCUCGUCGUGCACGCGCCGCUGGUGGAGUGCAAGCUGCGGCCGAACGGAAAGUCGCACGACGUUCUGUUGUCGACUGCCUCGUCGUGGCACGUGUCCAACUGGGGAGACGGCGGCUUGGACGAGGAAGAGGAGGCCGCGCUAAACUGGGCAUACUCUGGCUGGGGAAAGAUCGACUGCGCUACCGCGCUCCUCUCUCUCGUACCACCAUCACGGUCGGUUUUCCCACGGUUGGCUUUUGGAGCCGCCGGCCGUGGGGGCCCUCCCUCGGCCAUACCGAGCGGAAUAUCACAACCUAUGGAAGUACAGAGGCAAUGCUGA